AAUGGAUCAAAGCAAUAAAAAAAUUGAAACUUUGGAAGCUAUUAUAGCUCAAAAUAAAGCCGAAAUUGACAUGAUGAAAGACCAAUUAGAGGACAGCCAAGGUCAAUAUAUUACGUUAGAAAAGAAAUAUUAUAAAGCAAAGAAACUAAUAAAAGAAUUUCAACACAGAGAACAAGAAUUCAUAAAAAGAGAAGAUUAUUUUAUACAGCAACAUUCACAAAAUGAAGAAGAAUUUAAGAAAAAUAAAGAAUUACUGGAGGCGAGAGUAAGUGCUAAUUUGCAUAUUGAGGCUGUUCUUGAAACAUUCCCUACCAUUCUUUAUAAAGCUGCAACUGAAUUUCCAGUUCCAGUUAAGGAAACAGAAAGAAAACCGUCUUUUGAAGAUAUUUUAGAAGCAGAAGAUAUGCAGGAGACAAUUUUAGACGAUUCUAGUGCUACGCCUGUUGUGAUUGGUGAUCCUGACAACCAAUCAGAAUCACUGAGUCAGAACAGUGAUGAUGAGUCCUCAACCGGGGAAGGGUCAUAUGACGUUGCCUCCCAUCAGGAAGAUCUCCAUGAGCAGACACUGGAUGAUAAACUUGAACAAAUCAGUACUGAUACUGAUUUCAGUAUAAUUCCGGAAACUGAACGUCUGGAUGUCAGUUUAGAGAAAUCCAAAGCCCAGCUUAUCAGCGUUAGUGCCUUGUCUGACAGGCGUAAACCGACACGUCGGAAAUCAGAAGAUUCAGUUAGCGGUGAUGUGUGGGCGGAAAGUCUGCCCUUGCAGCAACCAUCUAAUUACAUCACUAAUGAAAGAGGAAUGAGAAUAACUGUGUUUCAUACGACAAGCAAUCAUGUUAGCCAAUCAAGUGAGAAUGAGAUGGCUCCGGUCAUAGAAGAAACACAGGCUCCAGUCAGAAGGUCAUCUAGCAAAAAAACACGGGCACCUAAGCCACCAGGUAACCAUUCACAAAGAGUGCAGGAAUCACCGAAAGCAGUCCACAUGGCACCCAGUGCAUCACCCGGUAUGUCUAAUAAGCACAACAGGAUGUCUAAAGGAGAACGAAAUAACGAUGAGCCGUGA